UGUCGCGCGCCAAACGUCAAAUCCGUCACGGACAAUGGAACGCUUGGUUCUUCCAAUGCUAGGUCUCGCCUUCGGUUACGUUAUGGUAAGAUUGGAACACGUGUUACAUCGUCUGGAAGACGAACGCGGGCUGGAUAGCGAUGACGAAGACGACCACGCCGAACUGCUCGUGGACGAACCUCUAGGCGAAGGUGACGCCGGUUUUAACAUUGGAGAAAUCGUACCAGUUUCGCCCACCAGAUCGAUCUGCAGAAGGAGACUGAACCUGAACGGGAUGAUGCACAGACGACGGAGGACCACCAGCGAAUCGCCCGUCAGAAGUAGAAGUCCUAUUAAAAGGAGGCGUACAACCUACAGCUAAAUCUGUGUAUGUGCAAACGGUAAACGAAUAAACUGAUAUUUGGCCGCA